AUGAGCGCUGAACCUGUAACCGCCGUGACUACUGCUGCUGAAGCAAAACCAGUUGCCGAAGAGCCCAAACCAGUAACUUCUGAAGCUCUUGAGCCCGUUGUUGAGGAGUCAAAGCCUGCGACUUCUGAAGUCGUGCCAGCACCUACCGAGACGGCCAAAGCAGAAACAUCAGAAGCUGUACCGGAAACAAAGCCAACCGCUGAUGAAACAAAACCGGCAGUCGAAGCUACCCCAGCUGCAAGCCCAUUGUCAAAUCUAUUCGCUGAACUCCCUUCCAUUAUCAAAGAUGCAGAACACAAUGAGAUAUGGGGUAUUGAGCUUGCUGAUGAGUCUCAUGUUCCUACCACCAUCGUUCUUGAGAAGUUCCUGAGGGCCAACACCAAGGAUGUCGCCAAGGCAAAGGCUCAGUUGAUCGAGGCUUUGAAAUGGAGGAAGACCAUAAAUCCCAUGAAGCUUUUGGCUGACGAGGAGUUUGAUACUUCGAAGUUUGGUGGAUUGGGUUAUGUCACGCUUUACCCUAAAGCCGAGGGGCAUGGGAAGGAAAUCGUUACGUGGAAUAUCUAUGGGGCUGUUAAGGACAAUAAAGCCACCUUUGGGGAUGUCGAAGAAUUCGUCAAAUGGCGUGCAGCUCUCAUGGAGCUCUCACUCAAAGAACUUGACCUCUCAUCAGCAACUGAGAAGAUCCCCGAAAAUGGAGAAGACCCAUACCGUAUGGUUCAAGUCCACGACUAUCUCAAUGUCAGCUUUCUCCGUAUGGAUCCUACCAUUCGUGCUGCUUCGAAGCAGACCAUCCAGACGUUCAGCAUGGCUUACCCCGAGCUUCUGAAGGAAAAGUUCUUUGUGAAUGUUCCGCUGGUCAUGGGAUGGGUGUUUACCGCUAUGAAGGUGUUCCUGUCGCCGGAGACGGUGAAGAAGUUCCAUCCAUUGAGCUAUGGAAGCAGUCUUGCGGGAGAGCUACCGAGUUUCGGGAAGGAGUUGCCGACUGUUUAUGGUGGGAAGGGGAAGGAUAUUGAGGAGGGACUGACUGUUAAAUACGGUGCUUGA